UUGUCAUGGCAGCCAACAUGUUCUCAAUGUGGCUGUCAUUAGUUUGUCUGGUGCACAGCUCUGGGAUGUUGUCUCACGUGCAGCGAUAUGAGGUGGUCAGACCUGAGAGACUGCAGGGGAGACACAAGAGGAGCCCGCGAGACAUACAGCUUUAUCCUGAUAUGGUGCAGUACAAGUUGGCCAUUGAAGGGACCAACCACACAAUUCAUCUGGAAAAAAACAGGAAUCUUAUUGGGAGAGGCUACACAGAAACACACUAUUCAGAGGAUGGAAAACGUGUGACGUCAUCACCUGGCCAGGAGCACUGCUACUAUCACGGACAUAUUGAAGGCGUGACGGACUCUGCUGUCAGUGUGGGAAUCUGUUCAGGCAUUAGUGGCUUUGUGAGAGCCCGGCAGCAGGUUUACCUGAUAGAGCCUCUGGGACAGUCAGACGAUGGAGAUCAUGCCGUUUACAGACAGGAACACCUGAAGAUCAGCGGCACUCCCAGCUGUGGAUCCUCCUCCAACACCACCAUGCAGUACGACGAGGACCAGGACAAGACCCCCAAGCUCGCUGGCCUCUUCAGAGCCAGAUCAUGGAAAUCUAAACCCAUCGCAGAGCCGAAGCGGUUCGUCGAGUUGUUUGUGGUGGUGGACAACACAGAGUAUAAACGAUAUGGAAGUGGGACUCAAUCCCGCAUCCUUGGAGUCAUCAAUCACGUUGACAAGUUGUAUCGACCUUUGAAUAUUCACAUCAUGCUGGUGGGUUUGGAGAUUUGGUCCAAUAAAGACUACAUUGAUGUUGACCUUAAUUCAGAGACUACGCUGGACAAUUUCCUCGUGUGGCGCCAGGCUGAUCUUCUGCAGAGGAAGAAGCACGACAACGCCCAGUUUGUGACGGGCAUAGAUUUCUUUGGGGAUACAGUCGGAUUGGCAAAUAAGUUCGCCAUGUGUACCGAAAACUCAGGCGGAGUCAAUCAGGAUCACCACAUCAACCCAAUUGGCCUCGCCUCCACCAUUGCUCAUGAGAUGGGACAUAAUUUUGGCUUGUCCCACGACUCUGCAGGCUGCAUGUGUGGUCCAUUGUACAGCAGUGGGAACUGUGUGAUGGCAGACAAGCUCAGGAUAGGAAGUCUAGCAUUCCCAGAGUUCUUCAGUGGCUGCAGCGAGGACCAGCUCGCUGAAUUCUUGGCUCGAGCUCAGCCUGGGUGUUUGCUGAAACCCACCUCUGUUAAGAUCAUCCCUGUGGGUCCUACCUGUGGCAACGCCAUGCUCGACCCAGGAGAGGAGUGUGACUGUGGCACAGUGGAGGAAUGCAAGGACCGUUGUUGUGAUGCCUCAACUUGCCUUCUGACUGAAGGAUCCCAGUGUGCCCAUGGACAAUGCUGCGACAACUGUCAGUUCACACAGGCAGGAAAUAUAUGCAGGAAGUCAGCCAGUGACUGCGACCUGCCUGAAUACUGCACCGGAGUGUCUGGGGAUUGUCCUGAAGAUAGCUUCGAGAUGAAUGGCAAACCGUGCUACGACCAGGCACAAGGCUACUGCUACAACGGCCAGUGCCCCUCACAUCAGCAGCACUGCUGGAGGCUGUUCGGACCAGGGACCAGAGUCGGAGCAGAAACGUGUUACGACUUGAACAAACGGGGCGAAGAAGGCGCUAACUGUGGGAGGAACAAAUUUGGCUACACCCCGUGUAGUGUACAGAAUCUUAAGUGUGGAUCUAUAUUUUGUGAGGGAGGAGGCGAUUCCAUCACAGGUAAAAGAGCAGCGUACAAUGUCUACCUCUUGGAGUGUAAACUAGCUGUGGAUGACGACAAGACCAGAAGCCUGGACAUGGUGCCUGAAGGAACCAGAUGUGGACUGAACAAGGUUUGCCUCAAAAACAAAUGCAUGGACCUCGCAGUUUACGGAAAACAGGAGGAUUGUGCAAAGAAAUGCAACAACCACGGGGUGUGUAAUCACAAGAAGGAGUGCCACUGUGAUCCUGGCUGGGCUCCACCUCACUGCGACAUCCAGUACGCAGAUUUACCUCAAGGUCAGAACGGGAUAAUAGCUGGUGUGUGUGCGGCUCUGUCCGUUGUCAUGGUGAUCAGUUUAUUGAUCGCAGGGCUGAUGUGCUGUAAGAAGGAAAACAUGGACAACUACACCUACAAAAGGAAAGUGCAUUCGGCCCCGGGCAAGUUGAACCCGAUGUUCCAGGAAUCAAAUGUGAAAGAAAGACCUCAGAUCAGCCAACCCACUUUCAUGACAACAACAGCAACACGAGUCUGCUCUCCACUGAUUGCUACCGCGACUCCGAGCAGAACGGCUCCACAGCCACCAAAGAAUUUCUCUUCAGUGUCGUCUACUUCACAAACUCAGCCGACAAAACCUGUACCUCCAUCUAAACCUGUACCUCCAUCUAAACCUUUACCAUCUCUGAGUAAGACGCAGUGUUUGGCAGUCAAACCAAGUCCUCCUCCUGUACCUCCGGUCAAGCCCAGUCCUCCCUCAGGCGCCCGUACUAAACCGUGCGCUCCUCCUCUGCCCCCAACAAAGCCACAAGUUCACAGACUCACAUGAGACUCUCAUUGAAGGAGUCGAGUUUUUACCAAAGCAGCAGACAUGCGGCGUGCAGUCGUACAUAUAGAAUCCGUUUUGGGGAUCAGAGCGGUGAGUCAUGGGGGACAAAGAGUUCAAUCUUUGUCUUCAAAAGCCUUUAAAGAUGUGGUGCGUGACCGAGGCUUCACCGACUGAGAAUGUCUUUGAUGACUCAAAACCAACAGCCUCACAGUGGCUGUGGAAAAGUGAUUUCUUUUUUUGGGAGGGGGGUAAUUAACUGCUGUUGCAGUUCAUAUUGUUGUGAGCUUGUAAAAAGAUCUUCCUGCUAACUUUCUUUUGUAAUGAGAAGUUGCCUCCUCGCACUUUUAGGAGCAAACUGGUGCUCGUCUGAAACUUUACUUUUUUAAUAUUUAUUUAAUAUUUGUGUUAACUGUGUCCAAAGCCAGUCUGUGCCUUCUUUAAGGUUCAUCGUGUUUUGCACUCUACUUGAAAACUAAUGAAUGGUACAUACAGUAUGGGAGGGAAACCUUUACAUGCUCCUUUGUUUUCAGUCCCAAGGAGAGAGUAUGACCGAGCCUCGAGGAGCAAUUACUUGUGUGUUUUUUUUUUUUACUGCACUGAUAUUUUUCUAGGCCAACAGUCACUGAGUUAAACCUUGUAGGUUGAAAAUCAGCCGUGAACCUCUGACUCAUCCAGAAAUACAAAAUGUUAGUCGGUAUGACCUGAAUUCUCCUUCUUGAUGUGUCACGUAUGAUUGAAUGUAAAACCUUUGUCAUGAAGGUCUUUUACUGCAACGAAUAAAGUGCACUUUACU